AUGGUGACGUUCUGUCCUUGCAUCUCGCUGGCACAAAUUUCCAAGCGACUGGGUGUCACCUCCUACGGCUUCGGAUUGCUCCUGAGCUUCCUCAUCGGCUGCUUCUUGUCCGCAUGUUUGCCAUUCUGGAUCUGUCACUUGCGCUCAGUCACGCGAGACAGGUUUCAGAUCCCAGGGAACUACUGUAGGGACUACUGUGAAGCGUGCUGCUGUCCGUGCUGCGCGAUCGCCCAAAUGGCUACUCGGACCGGAAGCUACAAGCCGGGUACCUGUAGUUUUGGCUCCCGUGACACGCUUCCACCAUACAAUGAGUAG